CCUGCCCACAGGAGCAGAGACUCAGGGGGCAAGUCGUGCAACGUCCCCUGAGCAAAGCAUCCCUUUCCACACUUCAAGAUGUAUAAAAUAUCCUCCAUGCUGCUGGUUUCAGUGGAAUUCUGCAGCAUAUACAGCCUUGUUAACGUCCCCCGAGGUCCCAGUACUAAAGGUGAUAUAUAACUAGAAUCAAUCAAUCAAUUAAUCAGAAGACAGGACUGUGAAGAAAAGUGACGGUCAUCAGUAGCAGGCAAGUGCAUUCACUCCCAUCAGGACCACGCAGAUAAAGAGCAACAGUCAAUCAGUAGGUUUAGGUGGUCGUUAUCUCUUUUUCACUGUGCAAGGAUGCAGCUUCUUAACACAGGUGGUGGUCAAGUAGACACGAAAGGAAUCUCUGGUGCCUCGGCCACCCAUCAUGGAAUUCGGUACAAAUUCUACGCCACAAACUUCAGCUGCGCUGGCAUCAUCAUCCUGUUUUCCUCUUACAUCUCUGCAUUCUGGAUUUUGGUCCACGGCCCAGAUUUCAGGAUCAACAUAGGUCUCUGGAGCAUUUGCCAAAAACGGGUGGUUCUGACCUGCCAGCCGCAUGAGGUUCUCUCAACCGUUAUGCUGGUAACCAGGUUCUUAAUGACAUUCAGCACGAUCUUUGGACUGAUUGCAGCGACCUUUUCUCUCCUAACCAACUCCUUAAUGAGAACCAGCCGGUGGCCUUUCAUUGCCAAUGGUUGCACAGCAUUAACUUUAAUGGGAACCAUGAUGUUUUUUGGCUCAUCGUUCUCGCCCCAAUACCUGUAUGGACAACCCGCGCCCGACCCUCGCCUUCCAAUUACAUCCGCCUGGGGCAUCUACACAGGCUACCUUGCCUGCCUUCUGUUCUCAAUGAGCGCGAUCAUGUACUGUUUGAUAGAAAUCCAAAAGAUCGCCAUGAAACACAACCCCAAAGCGUUUGCCCAGGCAGUAAGAGAUAGUGGCUCCCUUGCAGACCUAUAGCGGACGCGGCCGACAUUGUUGUAGCACACAUACUUCUUAGCAUCCUAACAGGAAACAACUAAGUCUUCUCCUUGGCUUGGGACUGGAGGAAAGGCAAAGAGAUGGGAUGGGGAGCGCAUGGACGGGGUUGGUCAUCUUUGAAGCCACUCGCCAUCUUUCGAAAGAUGGCUCUCUCCCGUUUCUGCCCUCCAGCCAACGGGCCCCAUCAUCUCGACAUCGAAGUUAAGUACACCAAUGGGCCCGAAAGAUAUCACCCAUCUCACAAGUCUUCACCAAUAACCUUUCCUCAUGUCAAAGAGUUGUACUGGUUCUCUGUGUCCUAAAUAAAGGAUUGAUUUAGGAAG